AUUGGAGCUGAGAUCUGCGCUCAGGUCAAUGAAUCACCGGCCUGGGAUUAUUUGGACGCUCCAAUUUUGCGUGUCACUGGAGUUGACGUGCCCAUGCCAUAUGCCCAUCACCUUGAGGAUGCUGCUCUUCCUAAUGCAGGACAUAUUGUUGCGACAGUGAAGAAGAGUCUAAACGUUAAUCUGUCCUUGAAAUCACUAUUUCAACAGAUGGAGACAGUAUUGGAAACAUCAUUUUCUCAGUUUGACACUUCCGUAACUUUUCGCAGCUUGAGAGAAAAAAGUGCUGAGCUUUCAACACCUGGUUGUCUGUUCACAGGAACAAAAACGAAAAGAUUCGUUUUUUGAUA